GGAUCCCGGACCUUUCCUCCAGCGAUCAUCAUCAUUGCCACCGACGUGGGUUGUCCCGUACUUCCUUCGCACCCAGAUAUGUCCAGUGGCAACUUGAACAACAUUACAGGCGCUACAGGAAACUCGGCCUCACACCAGCCUGCAUCCCACCACGCCCAUAAUAGCACGGCAGCCAUGCUCUCCAUUCUCACCCCAGGCGCCCAGCGGCGCUUGUGGGACUUCCCCAACGAAAUCUGGAUCCAAAUAUUCGAGGCAGUGGGGAAUUCCGCCGACCUUCUAUCUGUAUACCGCAGCUGCCGCCUCUUCCGCCAGCUCGCUCUAGAGCCGAUGUUUGAAGAUCUGCGCUUUACACGCACAUAUCGCGCUUUGGCUGUUGCACGCGUACUCGACGAGAACCCCAACUUGCGCCGCCGGGUGCCGAGUUUAGAGGAGCUCAAAGCAGACUGGGACGACUCGCUAUCUGUACCACCCUGGGCACCGAUACAGCCGCAGCUGCGCGAUGUGACCCUAUAUGUCCUCGACGCGCGCGCUGGCACGGAGCUGAGGAACCUACCCCUCUUCCUCGCCGCGCGUCCCAACAUCGCCACACUCCGCGUCGAAGCGUCCGACCCAGCAAUCCGCAUGACAGCAGCCACCAUACCGGGCCUGCGAAAAUUCAUAGGCGCACCCGGCAUCGCCCGCGCCGUGUUGCCCGACAGCGGCACGCGCACCGUCGACACCACCGCUUACGCCGCACACGUCCCCAACACCAUCGCCCUCCUCGAGUCCUGCCCCCGCGCGCUCGCCGAUCUGCGCAUCGCGCUCCGCAUGUGGGACGAGGAGAUCCUCUACGCCGUCGCGCAGCUCCUCCCGGACCUCGAGCGCCUGGAGGUGUGGUACCACGGCGGGUGCCCGAAGGACACGUUCGUGAUGUCGCUGGGGACGCAGCUCAUCCCGCGGAUGCCGCGCCUGCGGGUGCUGAAGGUGUUCCCGCUACCGGGCGCGGGGGGCGCGGCGGAUGCGACGGACGCUGCGCGCGCGGACGAUAUGCACAACGAGAAUAGGUGGAAGCCAGUGCAGCGCGGCGUCUUCACGCGCGCGCAGGUGCGCGGCUUCCUGAUCUGGGUCAUGCAGUCGCACUGUACAGUACCGAUCGUCGAGAUACGCAAGGGUCACGAACUGUAG